AUGUAUCGACGAGCAAUCCAUGUCUCACAAUCAGCGCUUGCAGCCAAACGUCAAGGGCCUGCUGUGGGCGCUGUGCCGUAUAUACCCGGCUUGGAGUUAACGGAGGAAGAGCUGGAGGGCGAGGAGGACACUUUCAAUGACACUUCCUCCAUCGGCCACGAGAUCCUAGAGCAGCAAAGACAAGCAUUGCACUACAUGCGUCUGAUCGAACAUGAGAUGCCUCAGCUCGUUGCGUUUCGGAAACCUUUUGUUCCUCCAUCCAACAGAGCACCUAUCGUCGUUCGGUCUGUCGACUAUGGUGAAGAUGCGCACCCGGGCAAAGCAAAGCGUGUUCUCGUCGUUCCUCUAUCUCGUCUAGCUCUCAGGAAUGAACAUGCCAUUCACAAGGCGAAACUCAUUGCCGGCGUACGAUGGUCUCCAGAACCUCCACGCGAUUCUGGCAUUGGGGACUCCGAGGAAGGGCGUGAGCAAGGAUACAUCAAAAUUGCGUGCGAGGACUUUCCGGAGGCCGAGAUGAACCUGAAAUGGGCCAGCGACGUCCUAGAUCGCUUAGUUGAAGAAGCAAACAAUGAGCCAGAAGCUGUUGCAGACAUUCCGCAGGAUACGCGGCACCUAGAUAUGAAAUUGCGGAAGGCCAAAAAGGGCGAGCACAGGGUGGGACCGAUUCGCAGUCGUCCCUCGCUGCGUGACUUCCCCAAUGAAUGGCUUCCCUCUCGUCCAAUAUAUAUCACGCCGUGA